GCGUCCCCCGCGCGCCCCUCGCUCUAAAGUAAACACGGCCGAGAGGACCGGUGCCGCCCGCUCGCUGCCCGGUGCAGCCGGCCGAAGCCAUGACGGAGGCGGCCCCGGCCUCCCCUGCCGGUAGCCGCGGCCUGCACCGGGGCAUCAUCCAGUGGCUGGUAGACAAUUUCUGCAUCUGCGAAGGGUUCAGUGUGCCUCGGUGUCUCAUGUAUGAGAUUUAUGUAGAGACCUGCGGGCAGAGCGCUGAGAACCAAGUCAACCCGGCAACAUUUGGGAAGCUUGUGCGCUUGGUUUUUCCUGAUCUGGGCACCCGGAGGCUAGGCACGCGGGGAAGUGCCAGGUACCAUUAUGAUGGGAUCUAUAUCAAGAAAAGCUCUUUCUUCUAUUCUCAUUACUGCUACCUCCUGGGUAAAAAAAGCUGCCACAGUGGCGAUGUUGUCACCUUUGGAAAAUCCCCUGAUUAUAACAACGUCAUCCAACCGGAAGAAGCAUGUGAAAACCACUCACCAAUAAAGACAGACGUGACAGGCUCGCCCGUGUCUCCGUUCAGAAGAUGUCCGUUCUGGGAACAGGAGCUGGCAAACAAGUACUCCUGUAAGCUGGUGGUCUUUCUUGCUGAUGAAUACUGCAACUAUUGUCAAGACAUUUUACAGAGCGUGAGGAACCAGGAACUGGAAAAGGUGGAGGAUUUAAUCACAUCCUUCUGGAAAUCUCUGCAGCAGGACACAGUCAUGCUCAUGUCACUGCCUGAUGUGCGCCAGCUCUUGGGAUGCUACGAUAUGCAGCUUUAUAAGGGCCUGGAGGAGACUCUCCUCCCUGACUUCCUGGAGGAUGUUAGCAUCCAGUACCUGAAGUCUGUCCGGCUGUUCAGUAAGAGACUCAAACUGUGGCUUCUCAGUGCUCUGGAGGGUUUCCCGGCCAUCCUACAGAUCUCCAAACUCAAAGAAGUCAAUGGAUUUGUCAAAAGACUCAGGAGGAAGACGUACCUUUCCAACAUGGCGAAGACAAUGAAAAUGGUCCUGAAGAACAGCAGACGAAUCGGGCUCCUGAAGUCAGACUUGCGCGCCAUCAUCAGCGAAGGCACUUUGGUUAUUUCAAAGAAGGUCCUGGCGGGCGACUCAGGCCAUGAAGAAGAUCUGGAGAGCCACACAGAGAUGAAAUGCUUGGGCUGUUUAAUUUCUUUGCUGGAAACCUCAACAGAUCUUGCUGAACUCCUGAACUGUGUGUCUUCAAACCUCCAAGCGCUUGUCUUCCAGCCAAGCAAAAGCAAAGAGGAGUUUAUCAAGCUGGCCGCCAGCUUCCAACUAAAAUGGAAUUUUCUUCUCACCGCUGUGAGCAAGGCCAUGACCCUGAGCCACAAAGACAGUUUUGGCGCCUGGCAUCUGUUCCACUUGCUGCUGCUGGAGUAUGUGGUUCAUAUCCUGGAGUCGUGCGUAGAGGAAGAGGAAGAGGAGGAGGAGGACCUGGGGAGCCUCCAGGACCUGCUGUCAGAUGACCAGUUUUUCACCCAGCCAGACCAGGCCCUUUUCCACCCUCUAGAUUCUUUGCCAACAUUGGAAUGCGCAAGCCGGAGUGUGGAGUCACCUCAGGUGACACUGAAACACAUGAACCAGAGCUGUGGCCCCAUGGUUAUAAGCAGCAUGGUUCUCCAGGUGCUGGGUUUCCUGGUGGACACCGCCACGGGCAAUAAGCUCAUCCAAGUGUUGCUGGAAGACAAGGCCACCGAAAGCACAGUCAAACUCAGCCUGCCUGUGGGACAAGAAGCCCUCAUAACCCUGAGCAACGGGCAGAGAUUUGUGAUUCACAUAACAGAUGUGCCGCAAAGCUCGGAAACUGUUUCCUGCAGGAAAAGCAACGUGAAUAUGCAAGGUGGUUUGUUGGAAUAGGAUGUGAGGGAGCAGGCUUGGGUUCUUAAAAUAUGUAGUGAGUCCUAAAGCUUUUGUAUUUAUCUGAGUUUCCUGUAUAUAGUAGAUGAGGAUUUUAUGUUUGUACGUAUUUUGAGGAAUUGGUUUUGAUCAAACUAUAAACUAAUUU